UCCAACGAAACCCUCGAAAGCCUUUCUUGCUCUCCUCCUGCGGCCCUUGACUCUUCGUCCCUGUUCCCGCCCCUUUCGCUCCAAAAUCCCCCAUAAUCGCGAGGAAGAGACGCAAGGAGCUCAGCAAUGGCGAAGGAUGACGAGGAGUUCCGGGGCGAGAUCGAGGAGCGUCUGAUCAACGAGGAGUACAAGAUAUGGAAGAAGAACACCCCGUUCCUCUACGACCUCGUCAUCACCCACGCGCUCGAGUGGCCCUCGCUCACGGUGCAGUGGCUCCCCGAUCGCGAGGAGCCCCCGGGGAAGGACCAUUCCGUGCAGAAGAUGAUCCUCGGGACCCACACCUCCGACAACGAGCCCAACUACCUCAUGCUAGCCCAGGUCCAGCUGCCACUCGAGGACGCCGAGAACGACGCGCGCCAGUACGACGACGAGCACGGCGAGAUCGGCGGCUUCGGCUGCGCCAGCGGAAAGGUGCAAAUAGUUCAGCAAAUAAAUCAUGAUGGAGAGGUCAAUCGAGCCCGCUAUAUGCCGCAAAAUCCCUUUAUAAUUGCAACUAAGACAGUCAGUGCAGAGGUUUAUGUUUUUGAUUACAGCAAGCAUCCAUCAAAGCCGCCUCUAGAUGGCGCGUGUAAUCCUGAUUUAAGGUUGAGGGGCCACAACUCCGAAGGUUAUGGUUUGUCUUGGAGCGUCUUCAAGGAAGGUCACUUAUUGAGUGGUUCUGAUGAUGCUCAAAUAUGCUUGUGGGAUAUCAAAGCAAAUAGUAAAGGCAAAGUCCUUGAUGCUCUUCAGACUUUCAAGGUUCAUGAUGGUGUUGUUGAGGAUGUUGCAUGGCACUUAAGGCAUGAAUACUUGUUUGGCUCAGUUGGUGAUGACCAUUAUUUGCUGAUCUGGGACCUACGUACGCCUGCCUCCAACAAGCCUAUCCAAUCUGUGGCGGCACAUCAAGGUGAGGUUAAUUGCUUGGCUUUCAAUCCCUUUAACGAGUGGGUAGUGGCAACAGGCUCAACCGACAAGUCUGUCAAAUUAUUCGACCUUCGGAAGAUAAAUACUCCCCUUCAUUCCUUUAACUGUCACAAAGAGGAAGUUUUCCAAGUUGGCUGGAGCCCCAACAAUGAGACCAUACUAGCAUCCUGCUGCCUUGGUAGGAGACUAAUGGUUUGGGAUCUUAGCAGAAUCGACGCAGAACAAACACCAGAGGAUGCAGAGGAUGGCCCACCGGAACUACUUUUCAUCCACGGUGGUCACACUAGCAAGAUAUCGGACUUCUCAUGGAACCCUUGUGAGGACUGGGUCAUCGCAAGCGUCGCAGAGGACAACAUCCUUCAGAUUUGGCAGAUGGCCGAGAACAUCUACCAUGAUGAAGACGAUUUGCUGGUCGAAGAACCUCCUCCCAGAUCCUCUUAAGCAUAAAAAAGACUCUUUUCGAAGGAAUUAAAAGUCAUAAAUGGGAAGUUAAAAAAAAUGAUAGAAGUGGCUAGUUUAUGUGCUUUCCCUUUAUUUACGUUUUGUAAUUGAUGUAACUGGUCUAGCAACUAGUUUGCUGCUUUUCCUACUAAUUUCACCCAGGUAGGCUUUUCCUAUUACAGCUGCUGUGGUUAAAUUAUGUGUGUAUUUAACUGGCUAUUGAGUGGAUGAAUUUAUGUAUGAAAAAAAUUAGUCGCUGCAGGUUUAUCAAUA